AUGGUCAGGAAGCCCGCCGUAGUAGACGACGACCAAUCCAAGAGCCCCAAGGCGGCUUCUUCUAAGCCCAAGGGUCGUUCGUCUGUAAGCAAACGAAAGAUCGUGGAUGACGACGAGGUACCGGUCACGAAGAAAGCAAAGCAGGACACAAAACAGGUUCCAGAGGGAGAACAAACCACGAAAGAUGGACAGGUUUAUAUACACCUUGGGAAACAGAAACGGGCCGGUAUCACGACAUUCAAAGGCUCUACCUAUGUCGACAUCAGGGAGUAUUAUGGACCGGCAGACGAUGAGAAGCCAGGGAAGAAGGGCAUAGCUCUGACCAAAGAUCAGUGGGAGGUCCUGAAGGCAAAUUUUGACAAGAUUGACUGUCUCCUUGCAGAGGUGACCGAGUGA